CUUCUUCCUUGCCACCAAAGACAUACACAUUACAUUGCAAAACCUCACAGCUGAAACUACUACUUUUGCCACUUUCUUGCCAUCCAAACAAGUUACACAGUCCCUUUCAUUAUUGCNAAAAAAAAAAAAAAAAAAAAAACUCUCUUUAUCAUGUAAAUUUGGUCUAUGAAUCGUUCCCAAUCUCCAUCAACGAGAUUCAUUGUUGUUACGAGCUCCUUAAUCUUUGCUUCUGGGUCUUCUUAUUUGGAUUUUUGUACAUCUCUCUUCUAUCCCCUAAACUUGUAUUGAGAAAUGUUCUCUAACAUGGGUUUGUUCGAUUUCAAGUAGUCUCCUUUUCGUAUCUCCCGCUCUCAUCUUCUACCUCUUCUCCGGAGGUGUUUAACAAAAAGAAGCUCUCCAAGUGUUUGACGAUUUGUCUCAGAGAAAAAAAAACAGAGGAACUCAGAAACAGAGUAUAUUAGAGAGAGAGAGAACUCACCAUGGAAGAGACUUUUGUUCCGUUUGAAGGUAUCAAGAAUGAUCUUAAAGGAAGGUUGAUGUGCUAUAAACAAGAUUGGACCGGAGGAAUCAAAGCUGGAUUCAGGAUUCUGGCUCCCACCACAUACAUAUUCUUCGCAUCUGCGAUUCCUGUUAUUUCAUUCGGCGAACAAUUGGAACGAAGCACUGAUGGAGUUCUUACAGCUGUUCAGACGCUGGCCUCUACAGCCAUUUGUGGUAUCAUUCACUCCAUCAUAGGAGGCCAACCUCUGCUUAUACUUGGAGUUGCUGAGCCAACUGUAAUUAUGUACGGAUUAGUGGAUGAAUUCCGUUCUCCUGAGAGAGAGGAUCUGAAACUUCUGGAGUUCUUACCUUCCUGGAGAUUUGCAAAUGGGAUGUUUGCUUUGGUUCUUUCCUUUGGUCUUCUUAUAACUGCACUUAGAAGCAGAAAAGCCAGAUCAUGGAGAUAUGGAACAGGCUGGCUUAGAAGUUUAGUAGCUGACUAUGGUGUGCCACUCAUGGUUCUGGUGUGGACCGGUGUCUCCUACAUCCCAACAGGAGAUGUUCCAAAAGGAAUUCCUCGGCGACUUUUUAGCCCAAAUCCUUGGUCCCCUGGUGCUUAUGAGAAUUGGACCGUUGUUAAGGAGAUGCUUCAAGUUCCAGUUGUCUACAUUAUUGGAGCAUUCAUUCCAGCAACAAUGAUUGCAGUUCUUUACUACUUUGACCAUAGCGUAGCAUCACAACUUGCACAACAGAAAGAAUUCAAUUUGAGAAAACCAUCUUCUUACCACUAUGAUCUGCUUCUUCUUGGGUUUUUGACAUUAAUGUGUGGUCUACUUGGAAUCCCUCCAUCUAAUGGAGUCAUCCCUCAAUCACCAAUGCAUACCAAGAGCUUAGCAACACUAAAAUAUCAGCUGCUUCGGAACAGAUUAGUUGCAACUGCGCGCCGAAGCAUCAAGCAGAACGCGAGUCUAGGACAGUUGUAUGGAAAUAUGCAAGAUGUUUAUAAUCAAAUGCAGACUCCAUUAGUCUACCAGCAGCCUCAAGGUUUGAAAGAGCUGAGAGAAUCAACAAUCCAAGCAACGACAUUCACAGGAAAUCUUGAUGCUCCAGUUGAUGAAACUCUGUUUGAUAUCGAGAAAGAGAUCGAUGAUUUAUUGCCAAUUGAAGUCAAAGAACAGAGAGUGAGCAACUUGCUUCAAGCAAUAAUGGUUGGAGGAUGUGUUGCAGCUAUGCCUCUCCUUAAAAUGAUCCCUACAUCAGUCCUUUGGGGUUACUUCGCCUUCAUGGCAAUUGAAAGCCUACCCGGAAACCAAUUCUGGGAAAGAAUCUUGCUUCUCUUCACAGCCCCAAGCCGUCGAUUCAAGGUUCUUGAAGAUAACCACGCGACAUUCGUGGAAACUGUUCCAUUCAAAACGAUCGCAAUGUUCACUAUUUUCCAAACAACUUAUCUUUUAACCUGCUUUGGUCUCACGUGGAUCCCAAUCGCUGGAGUUAUGUUCCCUCUAAUGAUCAUGUUUCUAAUACCCGUAAGGCAAUAUAUCCUCCCAAGAUUCUUCAAAAGUGCUCAUCUUCAGGACUUAGACGCAGCAGAGUAUGAAGAAGCACCCGCUUUACCAUUCAAUCUUGCAGUACCGGAAGCUGAGAUGGGAUCAACAGCUUCGUAUCCAUGUGAUUCUGAGAUUCUUGAUGAGUUUAUUACAAGAAGCAGAGGAGAGUUUAGACACACAUGUAGUCCUAAAGUUACGAGCUCGACUUCAACUCCAGUUUAUAAUCGGAAUCUUUCUCAAGUGUUUAGUCCUAGAGUGAAUGAUUUAAGAGGUGAGAUGAGUCCUAGGGUUGCCGGAAAAGGGCAAAAUAGUGCAAAGCCGAGUCCGUUAAACCCAUCAUCGUCGUCAAAAUGAGUUUAGCCAUUAUGGAGGCUUGAUAAAACUGGAGGAGAGUAUGUUUAAAAAUUAGUUGAUUAACUGAUCUUGGAUCUAAUGCUUUCUUGAGUUUUCUCUUUUACCUAUGUUUGUAUGUUUGCAUUUCUGCUUUUGAUCUCGAAUCAUUGUAAAAUCUCUUACUUACCCUGUGGAAUAUCGGUAAAUUAUAUACUAUAUAUGUAGUAACUAGUAAUAAAGGAUCUUUUUAUUUUUA